UGUGGGGUUCAAACCCGCCGCAGCUGCAGCAGGAGGAAAACGCACUUCAUUCCAGCCAACGCUGCAGCCGGGGGUCCGACAAGUCUUUAGCCCCCUCCGGCCUGUGAGGGGGGGGCGAGGGUUGCCCCAGGGAGCAAGAAAAAUCAAGAAGCCUGUGUGUAUCUGUCAAUGCCCUUUACCCCGUCUUCGCCUCUACUUCCUGUGCUGUAGGCACCCCCCCGGCCUCAGUUUCCCCCUCUAUUCAGUAGCAGGAACCCCGGGAUUUCUCUGGGGGCGGAGGAACGCGGAGGGUUGCUUCCAAAGGAGCCGCUCCCCUCACCGCACCCCUCCUGCGGCGAUCGCCGGGAGGGCCCUGGCCGGCCAGUGGCCGGGCGGCGGUGCGGCGGUGUCCCUGUCCCUGCCGCCGUCAGGGGAGGCGGCGGCAAGGUCGCGGCCCGGGGCCUCCGGCGGCGCCCGCCCGCUGAGCCGCGCCCCCGGGCGCUGCGGUGCCCGCUCCGGGGGCCGGGCGGGGGCGGCCCCAUGCGGCACACGUGUGGCGGCGCCACCGCGGGCCAGGUGAGCCGGCGCCAUGGGGCAGGCGGGCUGCAAGGGGCUCUACCAGUCGCUCUUCGACUACAAGACCGAGAAGUACGUCAUCGCCAAGAACAAGAAGGUGGGCCUGCUCUACCGGCUGCUGCAGGUCUCCAUCCUGACCUACCUGGUGGUUUGGGUGUUCCUGGUGAAGAAGUGUUACCAAGACACCGACACGUCCCUGCAAAGCAGCAUCAUCACCAAGGUCAAGGGUGUGACCUUCACCAACACCUCGGAGCUUGGGGAGCGGCUCUGGGAUGUUGCCGACUACGUCAUCCCACCCCAGGGAGAGAACGUCUUCUUUGUAAUCACCAGCCUGGUCGUGACCCCCCACCAGCGGCAGGAAACCUGUGCUGAGAGUGAGAGCAUUCCUGACGCCUUGUGCUAUGAGGACAGCGACUGCCCUCCUGGGGAGCCUGUUGCGGCUGGAAAUGGAGUGAGGACUGGCCGCUGCCUGCGGGCGGGGAGUGAGCGAAAGGGCACCUGUGAGAUCUUCGCCUGGUGCCCUGUGGAGACAAAGUCCAGGCCAACGAAGCCACUCCUGAGCAAAGCUGAAGACUUCACUGUUUAUAUAAAGAACUUCAUUCGUUUUCCCAAAUUCAACUUCUCCAAGACCAAUGUGCUGGACACCACAGACAGAGCUUUCCUGAAGUCCUGUAAAUUUGGCCCCAAGAAUCCCUACUGCCCCAUCUUCCGACUGGGGUCCGUGGUCAGCUGGACGGGGAGCAACUUCCAGGAGAUAGCCGUGCAGGGCGGUGUGAUAGGAAUUCAGAUCGAAUGGGACUGUGACCUUGAUAAAGCUCCCUCCGAAUGUUACCCUCGCUAUUAUUUUAACCGUCUGGACAACAGAUUUUCAGAAACCGCUAUCUCUUCCGGGUACAACUUCAGGUUUGCCAAGUAUUACCGAGACGCAGCUGGGGUGGAGUUCCGCACGCUGUUUAAAGCCUACGGGAUCCGCUUUGAUGUGAUGGUGAACGGCAAGGCGGGGAAGUUCAGCAUCAUCCCCACAGUCAUCAACGUGGGCUCUGGGGUGGCGCUCAUGGGCGUGGGGUCUUUCUUCUGUGACCUGGUGCUCAUCUACUUCAUCAAAAAGAGCCACUUUUACCGAGACAAGAAAUACGAGGAAGUGAGGGACCUAGAGGUCCUCGCCCGAAUGGCAGAGUCCUCGCAGCAGAGAGUGGCCCCAGACGCGGCGGGGCUGGCGGAGCAGCCAGAGGUGCAGGAUGGAGGCGGCGCCCAGGAGAAUGGCUGUGUGUGCGGGCAGCUCCUCCAGCCCGCCAGGUCUGGCCACCAGGGGAAUGGAAAGGUGAAUGUGGAGCAGCUGCAGAACCUGCAGACCGUGGAGGCGUAGCCAGAGGUGUUGGCCAAGAGCAGAAUUUGGUGAAGAUCUGAGGGCAGAACUGCCCACAGCUUGAGCUGGGAAGAGCCGUCGUUGUCCAUGUGGGACGGGGCUUCCAGACACAGCCAUCUCUCCUGCACCUUGGGAUCUUGCUACAAGCUUUUUGUUGUGUGUGUGUGUGAGCCCAGUGGCCACAGUGGCUCAAGCAGAAGAGGCCCUGGAGAGGGAGGGGUGGGGGGCAGGCCAGGGGCCUAGAGUGUUUUCAUUUUCCCCCCGAGAACCUAGUAGGGCAUUCAGUUAUUCAUUCGUUCAUGCAGUAGACACUGUUUGAUGCCUGCUGCGAGCUGAGCCCUGUCCAAAAGAUGCUUGAAUGAGACACUGACCUGGCCCCCAGGGAGGGGAGCAUGCAGUUCCCUUCAGAGCCGACAGACAUGACAGCUGGGCCCAGCACUGCGGCCUUCCUCCAGCCUCUGGCUGAGACCUGCACAAACCCCUAGAGCGGAUGAUGGCUCCUCAGAGAAUGACCUUGGCCAACACCCAAGGGGACACCUGGCCUUGCCUCCAAGGGUGAAAUUUAAAGAUGGCCAAGGAGGCAACUGGGAAAGGACUGGACCUGUGAGGAGGCAGCUGGCCACGAGGAAGGAGAGCCUCAGGAAGCUCGGGGGAUAGCGUCUCAUCCAGACAGGAGAUGCAUUUGCCUGUGUCGUUUGGCUCUUGCUGUUCUGUGGGGCUUGCGUGUCCCUGCUCCGCUUCCCUCCCUGUCUCCUCAAGGCCCCAUCUGAAGGGCUAAUGAGAUGACGGAUGGUGCUCAAUUGUCAAGUGGAAACAGCUGUUACUAGCUUGGCCCUUGACCCCCUCUCGCAAUGGCUGUAAAGCAUUGCUACUCAAAGUGUGGUCCGUGGACCAGCAGCAUCGGCAUCACCUGGAAGCUUGUAAGAAAUACAGCCUCAGGCCCCUCCCUCAUGCCCCUAAGUCAGAACCUGCAUUUCAACAAGAUUCCCAGGUGAUUCACGCACACGUGAAAGUUUGAGAAGCAGUGCUUGAGGAGAUACGCAAAGCCUGGUUCUGAAAAGGCCAGCUUUGGUGGGUGGCGUCAAUUUCUAGGUCAGACUUACAUGCAAGCUACCUUGAGACCAAGCAGAUUCCCCACUUCCCUCCCCUGGGAAAGUGGUAUUAUGCUCAAUUCAUUCAAAUUGAAAUAUUUUGACUAGGUCAUACUUAAAUGAUUCAAAAUGUAAGCAGUACAAAAGAACAGAAGUGAAAAGCUUCCCUCCUACCCGGUUCCCAGAGGCAACCUGCGUUACCAAUUCCAAGAGGCUCACCUGUCUUGCCGAGAAUCCACUGGGUUACUCACGCCUUCCCUCAGGAAAUGAGCUUUUCCUGCCACCUGCAGUCAGACCAAGUCCCCUCUGCCAGACACGAUGGAACAUGCUGGGCUGGGGAGCGCUGGCUCGCUCCUCUCUCUGCACUGGCUCAGCUCAGUGUAACACAAGGGGAGGGGCCCAGAACUCAAUCACGGUUGUUGGAACCACCAGGCAGCCAAGGCCUGCUGUGCUGCCCCCCACCCAGCAAGCCAGGGUGCUGUCUGAGCACCUGCCCUGACUCUAGGGAGCACCCCCUCUGGGAGGACUCUGGUCCUCCUCCACAGGGAGCGAGGAGGAAGCAUCCUUUCACUGGAGCCUUAGGAGGAGAGGGUCAGAGGGGCCUGAAAGGUCUCUGGCAAGACUCGCCCCUGGGGUACAGGGGCGUGGUCCCCAGAACAGGACUCCUAGAUCAAGUAGCUCCAUCCCUUAGGCUGCCAGGUGACUUGUGAGCAAGCCCAACCUGCUGUCUGAAGAGAAAGUGAAAAAUCCAGGUGAUGUGCUGUGUUUCACUUCUCUAAGGCCAACCCUUGCAUUUGAUAACACAGCAUGUUACUUAUAUAUCUGGGAGGGAGGAAAAAGGGCAGGGGUCAGGGCCGCUUAGGAGCUGGUCUGGUUUCUUUUAACCUGUUUUUGGAAUCGCUUAGCAGCAGCCAUAUAACUUGGGGACAGUUGUGCUAUCUGUUUUAUAUUGGAAUGGAAAUGUCUCCCUACAGUUACUCCUUCAGUCAGUAAAUAUUUAUUGAGUACCUAUUGUGUCAGGUGUUGGACUAAAUGCUGGUGACACAGUUGGCGAGCAGCCCAGAAAUGGUCCCUACCCAGGUGCUCAGCGUCUAGGGGGUCACAUAUCAAUCACAAACGGGGUGGGGGGCUUUGAGUCCUCAGUGAGGCGUGGCCAGGCUUCCACAUACAAGUUGAAAUCAAGCAGCAGUCUAACUAGGUGAUGAGGGAAGCAUCCAGGUCAGGGAACCACACGUGGAAAAGAUGUGAGAAGGAGCAACUGAAGAACUGGAAGGAAGAUGGUAUGACUGGAACAGCUUUAUGUGAGGCUUUCUUUUCAUCAAGUUGGCAUUCUUUAAUUUUAAGGUUGCCCCUUUAAACUUACUGCCAUGGAGGACUUAACCUAAUCGUUUCUUCAAGUCCAGCAAAGCUUUCCAGGUGGCCUCCCCACUAUAUGUCAGAGGCCCCAUGCUCAGAAAGCCAGAAAGGCCAGUGACCCCAUCACAGCCUCUGGAGAGUGUCGCCCGCAGCCAGUUCCCUUGCUUUUGCACAUGCACCCCCAACCCCCUUCCUGCAAAAGCUUGGUGAAUGAGUGGGAGGCUCACUGAUGUUACAGAAACGGGCUUUGAGGUGGGAAGAAGAGAAGCAGGGAUUUGAGCGCUUUUCAAACUUGGGAAAGCCCCUUUCCCUUGGUGCACCUCAUCAGGAUCACGCCUCUCAAGAUCUUUCCGUGCUGACAUUUCAGUAUCACAAGAACUGUCUGUGCUUAUAUUCAAGCCUUGGCCUAAAGCCUUCUACCUAGUGUUUCCUAACUAUUGACUUAUUCCAUGCCUUUGGAGUACCAUAAUGCUGGCCAAUGGGAAAGUUUUACAUUGGGUGCUAUUAAGUGACAUCGUGGGGACCAGCCACUGGAAGAGUGCCCUUCACUCCUGAUGUAGGGGUCAUCAGGACUCAUCAGUCAUGGACGCCUUUUUGCGUCCCCCAACCCCGUCAGUUCCUUUCUCAGUGGCUAGCUGACCCCUGGGGGACCAGUCAAAAGCGGGGAAUGCGACUUCCUCCAGGCGUCUGAGUGCCCCGGCUAGGGUCUGCAGUGCCCCAGGAAGUCCUUACAUCACCCCAUUCGGAACGGCAUCUUGCAUGUCUGCGAAAGGGCUCCACUUGGUUCCAACCUGCCCCACUCCUCCCCACGUGCUACAACUUUCCUCAGAACAUACUCUCCAGUGGACCCAAGAAUGCGCUCUCUGACACCUUCCAGCUGUCUCCCCUUAGGCCAGGACACAGAAGUAAAGGGGGGAAGAUGGCAAGCAUUUUCUGGGUCCUGACCAAUAUAUGUAUUCUCUGACAUUUUAAUUUGGUUAUAAAACAAUAAAAGG